CUUAAAUGUUAAGAAUGGGCUGAGACAGUGGAGAGUUUAGAAGACGUUGGGCAGAACUUUUGUUAGCAUAUAUGUAGUUGUGUAUAAGUUACUCUGCAUAUUAUGAAAUGUGACGAUGAAUCUGGACCUGUGGAUUUUGUGUAAGAUAAAGGAUCCCUUGUGUAUAGGAUUUUGGAAUGUUAAAUUAAAUUUGUGUAAUGACAUGAACUUAUGGUAAAUCGAUGAUUCUGGUGACUGCAUAGAUUUCCCCACUUGUGGAUUUAUAUUGUGAUUUUUAUUUGGUGAGUUGAGUUCAGAUUGCAUGAAUUAUCGAGUGAUGUAUGCUAUGUUUAUGAAUUGCACAGGGUUAUGAAUUGAUAGAUUAUAGAGGUGAAAUUUGAUCUGAAUGUUUUCUUAGUGACCUCAAACGUGUGUUUGGAUCCUGGGUUAGUUGAGACAAAAAAAAAAAUUUUAAAUAUCAUGGAUAUUUUUAGGGGUGUGACAGAGGUGGUAUCAGAGCCUGAUUUGAGAAUCACUAAGAAUAUUAUCUUUAUUUGAGGUUUAUUGACUGUCAUUAGAGAUUGAUCAAAGAAAAUGUUCUUUUGAUGUUUUAGGAAGCGAGGAUGACGAGAUCAUCUGGUUCUCCUAUUGCAUCUACUGCUGAUCAAUUGAGUGGUAUUAUGCGGACUUUGGAGACUAUGGCACAAGUGAUGCAACAACAACAACAACCUGUCCAACAAGGAAAUAGUGAUGGGACAGAGACAUCAAACCAGACGGGGUUGGGAAUUGGACAGUUUAAGAAGCUUAGUCCUCCCAGUUUCAGUGGUGAGUCUGAUCCAAUUGUGGCGGAACGAUGGAUGAUGCAGAUAGAGAAAAUAUUUGAUGCCUUAAGUUACUCUGAUGAACGAAAGGUUUUUCUUGCCACCUUUAUGCUGGAAGGAGAAGCUGAACACUGGUGGAGAAUGAUUAAGAGGAUGUCUGAAAUCAAACAUGAGCCAAUGACAUGGAAGUUAUUCCAAGAAAAGUUUUACGACAAAUAUUUUCCAGAUUGCAUGAGAGAGCAAAAAGAAUUGGAGUUCUUGAAUCUUAUCCAGGGAAGCAUGACGGUUACAAAGUAUGAAUCUAAAUUUACUGAGCUCUCCAGGUUUGCCACACAUAUGACUGAUGAUGAAUCUAGAAAGGCAAGAAGGUUUGAAAGGGGAUUACGGCCGGCAAUAAGAAGCCGAAUGUCAGCUUUAAAAUUACAAACAUAUGCUGAUACGGUAGAAAGAGCUUUGAAAAUUGAAAGAGACAUGGAGGAAAUUCAAGAAAUCAUUGGCAAGAACCAAAGGAACAAAUUUACUAGCAAAAGCAGGAGAGAAAAUGAAUACGAAGAUAGUAACAAGAGGUUUAAGACAUCUGGAUUUGAGAAAAGGAAACCAUGGGGGAGGACUCAGUUAUGUGAAAAAUGCGGAUUAAAUCAUGAGACAAGUCGGUGUUUUCGGGUGACUGGAGCAUGUUUUAAUUGUGGAAAGCUAGGUCAUCAAAUAAAAGAUUGCCCACUGAACAGGAAAAGAGAGCCACUGUCUCCUAGACCCUCAGCCCAUGCUAGAGUAUACGCUAUCACUGAACAAGAUUCUAGAGCUUCUAAAUCAGUGGUGGAAGGUAUUCUUCAUGUUUCUAAAAGAAAUGCAAAAGUUUUGUUUGAUCCCGGCUCCAACUUAUCGUUUGUUUCAAAAUACUUUGCUUGUCACUUGGAUAUUCCACCUAAAUCCCUGGAUUAU